UUGGUAACUUGCAGGGAAGAAGAGCAUUCGAAAGAGAAGAACGGCACUGUUACUACUGAAACCUCUACUAGCACUACUGCUUCUAUUGCCAGUUCUACAACAACGACCGCACCACCCACCAGCACCAACACAAAUUCUACACCUAACAAACCAUCAUCACUUACUAAAACAACGCUAUCGAAAUCAGUCGUCAAAACGGAUAACGAAACGGAUUUAUACGACGCGGCGAUUGAGCCAUCCGGUCAGCAGCAGCAACAGCAGCAGCAACAACAACAGCAGCAGCAGUCACAACUUCAGCAAGCCAAAAUGCCGGUGAAAUCCGAGUCUAGUUCCGGACUGAAUCGUCAAACGAGCCAAAGUUCCGUGACGCCAUCAUCGAUCCAUCCAUCGCAAGCGCAGUCACUACCUGCACUAAGUGCCGACAAGAGUAAAACGGAUUCGGGCCGUCGCUAUUGCUGUUACAUAGGCAAUAUGACAUGGUGGACAACUGAUGUGGAUCUACAAACAGUGAUAUUGUCAUGUGGAGCAGCUGAUUUGAUUGAUCUGAAAUUCUAUGAGAAUCGUAAUAAUGGACAAAGUAAAGGCUUUGCGUUGGCUGUGUUCGGUGCCGAAAGUGCUGUGAAAACAGUCAUGGAGAAAUUACCACAUAAAAGUUUACAUGGACAACAGUUGGUUGUAUUACCAUAUACGAAAGCAUCACUGGCCAAGUUUGAAGAUGCAACAAGACGCAUUGAUCAGCGAACCGAGAAGAAGGAACCGAAGAAAGAAGAUCCGAAAGCACCGUUCGUUGGUACCAUACGAUUGGGUCUACCGCCACAGCACAGUCAACCUACUACGCAUAUGACACUACCACCUCCGAUUACACUACGUCCACAAGUUCAGGUGCAAGUUCCACCACCAAUAGCAGCGCUAAGACCACCAGCUCAAGUACCGUUGAUGAUACCCCCUCAGCAGCAACAACCUCCUCAAAUCCGUGCACCCCCUCCACCCACUUCACAACCGUUGUCCUUAGGCGGCAUGGCUGUCACAAGACCACCCCUGAACCUGAAUGCGCCACCACCAUCGUUACCACAACAAGUUCAAAUGGCUGCAGCAGCAGCAGCAAAUGCAGCCCCACAAAUGAAUCGUCCUCCACCAGCGCCAUUUGCACAUCCACCUCAGGCUGUACCACCCAUCUCAACUGCUACGUCGAUGAACGGUGCUGCUCACCCGCAUACAUCACACCCACCUCCAGGAUUUCCCCCACCAGGUGCACAUAUCAACCCACAAGUCUACAGACAAAAUUUUCCCACAGGUAAUAAUGCUAAUUGCUGGGCGUUACUUAUAGUGAUGCAUCUGUGUGUGGUAAUCAUUGAAGGUAUCUCAACGCAGUCAGCGGUAGGUGCAAGCGGUUCGGCACCAAGUUCAGUUGAAGGGCUGAGUGAGGCCGAGUUCGAAGAGAUCAUGAACCGCAAUCGUACGGUCAGUUCGUCGGCAAUAACCCGUGCGGUCAGCGAUGCGGCAGCAAACGAUUACGCAUCCGCAAUCGAAACACUCGUAACGGCCAUCUCGUUGAUCAGACAAAGUCGCGUCGCCAAUGACGAUCGUUGCAAAGUGCUCAUCUCGUCUCUGCAGGAUACACUGAAUGGUAUCGAGAGUAAAUCCUACAACUCGUCGUCGUCGUCCUCUCGCAAACAUCGCUCAACACGCGAUCGAUCCCGUUCGCCAUCCGAACGCUCUCGAAAACGUCAUCGACGUGCAUCGAGAAGUCGGUCGAGAUCUCGCGAACGUUACGACUACUCACCGAGACAUUCGUCUUCGUCGAAUCGUCGUCAGUACUGA